GGUCGAGUCGGUGAAGCAUACUAGGCAUGUACAGAGCUCUACGGAUACAUACCUACGGGUAGUAUGAUGGCGUGCACAAUGUCUCUUAUGCGCAGCAUCUCUUGGCCAAUGGGAUGGUUCGUCAUGGAGGGAUUCGGAGUAGGAAAUUCGCGCACUGAUCUCUGCUCGUGCCGUAGGCGGACGAGCCGUCAGUGGUCCUUGACGGGGACGGGGGGACGCCUCCAUUUUUCCCCCCAGAUCUUCAAGCCCCAGCUCUCUCCAUCCUCUCCAUAUUACUCCAUCUAGAUGGCCCAUGGUAUGUAUGUAUCUCUCCCCCGUCCCCCCUCCCCCAGAAGUUCGCAGCUCUUAGGCACGUUGCUCCGUACCCACGUGCCACUAAUUGGCUACUUCCCUGCCGGAAAAGAAACCAAGACCCGUACUCCGUACUUUGGCAGGCACGACCGGGGACAACCCCCACUUUCCUCUCGACAUUUCUGGUCAUACGUUACGUGGAAGCCCACAUCCUUCUUCCCCCGGCUGGGUUUCCUUUGGCCGUCGACUCUCAUUUCGAGUCAUGCCGGGGGUCGACUUGCUUUCGGUCUAGUGUACCUCAUCGCUGGGCUGGGCAUUGUAACCAGGCCAGACAUCAAACGAUGCGCCCGCAACAUCGUGACCUUGCCAAGACCAUACAUGGUUUACCCAAAACAUGGCUUUCUUUCGUCGCUAACUUGCUGCCUGCCAGUGAGUAAUGCCCGACCAGCUUCGACAUGCAGAUACGACCAGACCGACCCGGCACUUGGCCUCUGCGAGCGCCGCCGUCCGCUCGCCUCAUCCAGCCACCCGCCGUGCCGCCGCCUAUCGCCUAGACCGGCUUUCCCUUAGUCUAGGCUCAACCUGAACGUUCGCCGUACUUUGAAAGACCACCGACUGUACAUGAUAACGGGUUGAUGGCCGCAUCCUGUUUUCCGCCGUCCCCAGCACUCCCCGCUUCCCCAGCAACAUCUCUUCGACCCCAAACCCUUAAUCU